GGAAGGGGGCUGCGAACAACCGCAGCAGCAGAGCGGCCUGUGCGGCUCCAUGUCCCCGCGCCCCGGGACCGAAGGCUUUAAAGGGUAGAACUGUGGGGCACUGGGACCAUGAUGAACUCCUCCAAGAAGAGUGAACUAGAUUUAGAAAAAAGCAUUACCAAUAAGAAAACAGAAGAAGCCAACUGGCAGUGUAUCUACCCAAAUGAGAGGAGAGAGAGGAAUCACGUUUAUACUCUUCUUGACAUCAGCGAGAAUGUAUUUGAACAAGAUGAAAGGUCCUUAGAAUAUGUCAUCAAGACAGGAUGGGAGGAAGCUGUGCAAGGCUGGGGUAAAGCCGCUCCAUUUGCCUGCCUUCAGUUGCAAAAGGAAGCCAAGAAAUCAAGGGCAAAUGAAACCAUCAACAGUUGCCUGUUUUGCUUAGAUAUGAGGCAAAAUAAUGACAAAAGUGUGAGCCAAGAAACCAAGACUACAAGAGAUCAAUCAAAAUCUGAUUGCAAAUUAAGCACAUGUGCUAUAGAUGAUACCGUUUCAGAAAAGAAAGAGGUUCCAGUCCAUUCUAGUGAGUCUUCCAAUUGUUCUACCACAGAUGGAACUAAGAGAGAAAGUUGUAAUGGCAAGUUACGCUCUAUUCAGACAUUUCAAGGUGAAAAGAAAAGUUUGCCAGUAAAGGAAUACAGUAUACGGCAACCAGAAAAAAUGAAAAACCCAGAAGCCCUAAAAAAUAAAGCUGUAAAGACCCCUGAGCCUACCAUGCCUGCUCCUGAUAGCUCUGAAGCUUCAAACUUAAAAUCUUUGCUGAUAUUGCCACCAGUGAAAGAUGCAACUCCAAAAGAUAGCACAGAUCCUUCUUUUAAGAAAAGUAUAGCCGCUAUCUCCCAGGCAAAUCAGAAAAUGCUCAAUGCUACUUCAGCUGAGACUGCUUCCGGUAGUAAGGGUACUAAAACAAUAGAACAAAAGGGGGAAAAAGAAACUGACUCUAUCAUUCAUGAUACAGUGAAGGAGAAACAAAUUCACGAACCAUUAUCCUUUGUCCCAAGGCUUCCAAAAGCAUUCCUGCAAGCAGGCCCUGAACAGUUACACUGGCCCUGUGCUCUUUGGCCAGAUAGAAAAAUUACAACCACUUCUAAUUCUGUUUCUUUGAGAAAGAACAGUCAUCUUGCUAACAUGCAGUUUCUGCAUACAAAAGGAAUACAGUACACAAAACAUGAGGAGAUCAGAGGUCCUUUCAUCAACAGUAUUAAAAACAGAAGUCUCUCAGAGGCCAAGCAAGGAAAUGAAUCAAAAACACAGGCGGUGCAACUGCUUCCUGGACUAUUCCCUUCCUUAACGGUCAGCCAUGUUGCAAUAACCGCAAUGUCUUCUAGACUGACCUAACAUUUUUAUACUGUAACUUCAUGUCAUUUUCUUCUAUUUGUUUGAACUCAUUAUAUGAUGAGAAAAGGAUUGAAGAUACAUUGUACUUGUGCUCCGUGUGAGCAGACUUGCCGUUUGUUAAUUUUUGUAGGUGCUACUUAUAUGUAUCAGUUUAUAAUACUAUACAUUCCUUCCAAAUAAUUUAAUUUCCAGUUUAUAGAUUAACUGUCUAUUGUAUACAAUAUUCUAAUUCCCCAUUGCCCCAUAUUAAUUUAUUUAAGGUUCUACUGGAACUAAGUGCAUUCACCUCAUUCAGGUGCAGCCCUCGUGAACAAUUAGACUGUGGGGCAAGCUGGGGUGUGAAUCUAUCCCACAUCAGUCUGCCCUGCUCUAACUGUCCAUGUACACCCUGCUGCUAUAUGUUAAGUUUGUUACAGUCAGGGCCGGCUCCAGGCACCAGCCCACCAAGCUUGUGCUUGGGGCGGCACCUGGACGGGGGCGGCGCAGUGUUGCGUUCCGGCUCCAGCCGCCAGGGAGAACGGGGCCACGGCCGGGCACUCCCCCCUCCCCCCGGCCCUCCUCCCAGGGCUCUGGCUGCCCUCCCCCCCGGCUGCCGGGGAGAGCAGAGCCCUGGCUGGGCACUCCGCCCUUCCCCCCGGCCCCACUCCCAGGGCUCUGGCUGCCCUCCCCCCUGGCCGCCAGGGAGAGCAGAGCCCCAGCCGGGGCUCGCCGCCCUCCCCCUGGCGCUCUGGCCGGGCACUCUGCCUUCCCCCCGGCCCUCCUCCCAGGGCUCCGGCUGCCCUCCCCUCCGGCACCCUCCCCCCAGCGAGAGCGGAGCCCCGGCCGGGGCUUACCGCCCUCCCCCCAGGGCUCUGGCCGCGCGCCCCCCCCCGCACCCUCCCCUGCCGUGCUGGGGGGGGGGGGGGGGGCGGCCAGAGGCUUUUUUGCCUGGGGCGGCAAAAAAGCCAGAGCCGGCCCUGGUUACAGUGCUUUGGGUUAGUCCUCCUUAGCUCAAAGCACUUUAACAACCGUUAAUGCACACAGACAGUUAAGAGCAUGUCAGGCUAAUGUAGGAUAGAUUCACAUCCCAACUUGCCAGUGUCUAAUUCUUCAUGCAGACAAGGCCUAAGUAUGGUUAUGGGGUACCUGGCUCAACAAUGCAUUUUAGCACAAUCUUGAGUUUAUCCCUAUUCAGCAAAAGCCAUUUAAGAUGUUCUUUAUUUUAAGUAUGUGCUUCAAUUUCAUUGAGAUCCAUGGGGCUGAAUAUUUGCUUAAAUGCUUUGCAGAACUGGGACUUAAAAGAGCAGCAGAACUUAGUCAAGUAGCCACAGAACAGCAGCUCUUUCACAGGGCAUGGUUAAAUGUUCAGUUACUACGUUUGUCCUGAUUGGUUUAAGUACUAUAAGUAUUUUUUGUGUAUGCUUCCUUGUUUUGUUUUCAUGUUUUAUUAACAGAGGCCAGACUCAUCUAUUAUUAAACAGAGGGACUUUGAUAUCAAGUUA